AUGAGACCAUCACUCUUCUCUGGCUCUGGCGGCCGCGCUGCCACUUACCUCUGCGCAGCCUGUCGUCGAGAGGCGAGAGCCACGCUAUCAACACGGAACGUAGCAGCACCGACAGCUGCGCAUCGAACCCUCCAAACUGCGGCGAUACCACCCGCCCAGAGGACAACCGGCCAGCGCUGGCCCACCCCGACACCACAAGCCCGCUACACCUCAACCUCGGCCUCUUCAAAACCCGCAGAAACCCCCUCCUCACCCUCCAACCCGUCCCCCAUCCCAACCUACUACGCCCUCUUCCCCGAAACCCUGCCCGACGGCCCGCCGCCCACCGGCAAAUUCCCCAUCGACCUCCGCGCCCUGCGCAACGAAUUCCUCCGCCUGCAAGCCGCCUCCCACCCCGACUUCCAUCACUCCGCCUCCCAAACCUCCCCCACCCCACCAACCCAGGGCAACAACAACAACAACAACACCAACACCAAAUCCGCCGCCCGCCUCCACGCCGAAGCCACCUCCGCGCAGAUCAACGCCGCCUACAAAACCCUCUCCUCCCCGCUCCUCCGCGCGCAUUGGCUGGCAAUGUCCGUGCGUCACCUAGCCCGUGUUGUUGGCCCCCAUGUCAAACCAAGGAAAUACAUUGCUGUGGCCGCGUUGGAAAGACAGAGCAUGGCAUGA